AAAUAGGAAAAAAUGUAAAAGAAAAAAAUAGGAAAACGCUAAAACUGCGAUUGUAGAUUUAAAGAAGGAUUGAAUCAACAAAGAAAGGGAGAAGAAAAAGAGGCGGCCACCGAUAUCCAAUUACCGGACCCGUUUUGAUCCGACCCGUCACCGCCAAGUCCAAUUUCAGUCGUUGCUUGAAUCUUAUUCUGACGAAUUCCGUUAACACUCCGUGAGAAACUCGUCAAUGGAGGACGACUACAGUAAUGGCGAUAUCAACGUCGAAACCUCCAAAGCCGACAGAUCGGUGUGGCUCAUGAAGUGCCCUCCCAUCGUCUCCAAGGCUUGGCAGUCCUCCGCUGCCUCCGCUUCUGUCGACUCGCCGCCCGUUGCCAAAGUAGUCGUUUCUCUCGAUCUCCUCCAGCCGGACGAUUCCUCCGCCCUCCAAUUUACCAUGGAGAUGGCUGGGAGUGAGGUCGUCAAUAUGCCGAAAAGUUACUCUCUUAACAUGUCCAAGGACUUUGUUCCCAUGGGUGUUUUCUCCGAGUCGUCGACUCAAGGAAGAUCUGCUAUGGAAGGAAAGGUGGAACAUAAAUUUGAUAUGAAACCCCACCAUGCUAACAUUGAAGAGUACAGAAAAAUGUGCCGGGAAAGGACAAAUAAGUCCAUGGUCAAGAAUAGACAAAUCCAGGUUAUCAACAAUGAUCGUGGUGUACACAUGAGGCCCAUGCCUGGAAUGAUGGGAUUGAUUACAUCGACUUCUAAAGAUAAGAAAAAACCAGCUCCAGUUAAGGGGAAUGAUAUGAAAAGAACUAGAAGGGAUCGCGGGGAACUGGAAGAUAUAAUGUUUAAGCUAUUUGAAAACCAACCUAACUGGACACUCAAGCAGCUUGUUCAAGAGACUGAUCAACCUGCCCAAUUUUUGAAAGAGAUAUUAAAUGAGCUCUGCAUAUACAAUAAAAGAGGAACAAACCAAGGUACUUAUGAGCUCAAGCCAGAGUAUAAGAAAUCUGUUGAGGAUACAGGUGCUGAACCAUGACUUCACAUUGUCUGUACAUUAGAUUACAUUGAAGAAAAAUUAUGUUAAAGAAGCCUCAAUCUUGAAUGCCAUACAUCUCCUUUAGAUAUGGGAUGUGCCUAGAUCUACUGUCCUCAUAGAACUUUAAAAGGAAGGGAUUUGAUGCUAAAAUUUCCUGUUCCUAACACCAGUUUCGGUUUGUGGAUUAGGUUACUGUAUGUGUAUUUAUGAAUUCUCAUUGGGUCAUUAGUAAAGUAUGUCUUGAGUGCUCUUUUCUCUUCUGCCA